GGGCAACCCUCCUUGUUCGUAUUAGCACCUAGGUUGGUUGUGCUUUGGCCGUCUGAACUCCGAUUCGAGAGAGAAGGUUAUACCGUCCUUAGUCGAUUAGGCCAAGAGAGCUACCUUGGUAGCUUAUUCCGAAUUCCUAGUUUGUCCUAGAGACAGAGAGAGAGAGAGAUGUUCCAUCACUAGUUGCAAUUCCCUUACAGUUCACAAUCACCUCCACCACACGUUUUCAUUCAUUCUGACAAGUCAUGGUAGCUAGAUAGGGGGAGCUAUACCCGGGUGAAUCCUUCUUAUUUAGAGUCAAAACUAAUUACAUUUACAAUCGUUUUAAUUGUAGAUCGUAGUUUUCAACAAACAACUAAUUGCUAGAUAAUGUUUCAAACAAUCGAAGUAGGGAUACAUGGAUCGACCCAGGUUGAUAUUUAAACAUACUUGCCCUAUAUUGAACCCAAUUAAGGUUUAUACUUGGGCCUUAAUUGGGAGUUUUAUGGUGAUAUUCGGUACGAGUCAAGAUUUUGGCGCCUUUUUCGGGGACUGAAUGGUCCGUUAUUUUUAUAAGAUUAUUUGGUGUUAAUCUAGCCUUUACUUUUUGCUUUUGUGUGUGUGAAUCUUGAUUAAGUUCAAAGGGUCAACAAUCAUGAUUCAUGAAUCAACAUCAACUCUCAUCAACCGAGGAUCAUUGGCAACUAUAUGGCUCCACGGGCGGCGGAUAUUCAACCUACUAUUCGACAUCCACCCGUGGACGUCAACAAUUUCGAGAUCAAGCCCGCCCUCGUCACCAUGAUCUAGAACAAUGCACUAUUUCAUAGGCUUAGCAAUGAGCCCACAAGGGAGCAUGUCCAGAGGUUCAUAGAGCUUGCGGGAGGUUUGAAGAUAAAUGGGGUUCCCGUGGACGCUUUGAAGUUGAGACUAUUACCUUACUCUCUUGCGGGGAAUGCGUCUCGAUGGCUCAACAAUCGACCGGACCUCUCAAUCACCUCGUGGGAUAAAAUGCUCAACAAGUUCGUGAUCUAAUAUUGUCCUCUUUCCAAGACGACAGAGUUGUGCAAGAAGAUCACUCAUUUCGAGAAAGAGGAGGAUGAUUCGUUGAUGGAUGCAUGGGAGAGAUACUCUGAUUACUUCCUCCAAUGCCCACACCAUGGGUUCGAGGAGAAAUUUUGGAUAGAGACCUUCUAUGGAAGUCUCCACCAAGAGGAUAAGAUUCUCAUUGACCCUUUUAUGUCAAGGAAAGUUGAUGAACAAGACUCCACCCGAAGUGACUGAGUUGCUCGAGGACAUGGCGACAAAAGAGUAUGAUUGGGGUUUGACAAGGAGUGGUAAGAAUAGUACCGAAAGAGGAGUAAAAAGCAUAGGAGUCAGUGCUCCACUUGAAGCAAAGCUUGACCGCUUGUUUGAUGCGCUCCUGGAAGACAAGAAGCAGGAGAAGAAGGGCUGACAUCAUGUGAUUGUAGUGCGAGUACGAACUAUGAAGAAGCGGAGUGCCAAGUGAUAAACGAGGAAGAUGUCUCUUGUGAGAAGUUGUACUCUAUCUCCCCUGUAUGUUUCGACAGAAUGUCUGCUCUGGAGGAGCUUGUGACCACCUUUGCUAGUUUCAGCUCCAAGAAGUUUGGAAAAAUAGAAAGGUUCAUGGGGGAGGUGACAGAAAAAUUAUCGUCCAUAAAGGUAGGGUUGCAAAGUCAUCAAUCACUUUUGACGACCUUGACCACAAGGAUGGGGGCUAUCUCGCAAGCAGCUCUUUCCCGGAGACAAUCAUAAGAAGAGGAACUGGGGGUGGUGACCCUUCGUAGUGGGAGAGAAACAUGAGAAGUACUCCCCAGAAGAAACCUCCUAGGUUAGAAGAGCAAAACAAAGCCACUACUUUCCUCGAGAAAGAAGGGGGCACAAGUGCAACUAGUGGGGAUAAGGCAGACUCGAAUCCUCAAUUAGAACAGAAAAAGGAAAAAGCAAGUUCACCUCAUCCUUACCCCUCCAGAAUCCACACAGAUCACAUGGCGGCAACGUCCGCUCACUUCAUGGAGUUGAUGCACCACUUGCAGCUCAACAUUCCAUUUGUCGAAGCCCUCACUCAGAUUCCCAAGUACGCAAAGUACUUGAAAAACCUCCUCACCAACAAGAAGAAGCUGGAAGGAAUGGCACCGUGACCCUGAAUGAGGAGUGCUCAGCCAUCCUACAGAACCACCUUCCUGCAAAGCACAAAGAUCCAGGGAGUUUCACUAGGGGUUAGUAUUAAUGUGACGUCGUAUAGGUCUUUUAAAAGUUUAGACCUAGGUGAACCUAGAACUACUAGGAUGAAUAUUCAGUUGGAUGAUAGAUCCAUAUUGCAUCCUAAGGGUGUGGUUGAGGAUCUACUUAUUAAGAUUGGGACUCUCAUUUAUCCGGUCGAUUUUGUCAUUCUCGACAUCGAGGACAAUGUGGAUGUCCCCCUUAUUCUGGGUAGGCCCUUUUUGGCCACCGCGAAGGCAUUGAUCAAUGUGCAUGAUAGACCAUUAAUUGCACAUAUUUUUACCUCUAUUCUUGAGCCAUUUGAGAUGUUGAUUCUCGUGUUUUAAGAAGAUUUCACGCUAGGUUGUAUGUUUAUGUCACAUUUCAGGAUUUGGCGUUGACAUGGAGGUGAGGAAUCGAGUUUCGGGUCAAAAGGAGACCGUUGGAGUAAAAGGGAGCUGGAGGAGCAAAAUACCCGGCCAGGAGUGGAAAUACCCGGCCGGGUAAAAGGCAAGGAGAGGUCGGGGAAAAGCUGAAAUCCCAGGAGGGGUCCCGACCGGAAUGCUUAAAUCCCCGAUCGGGUAUUCUUGACCUCGAUCAGGGAUUAAUCCUCUGCCAACGCGGUGCAUUUCAAAAGUCCCUGGCCGGGCACCUAAAAUAUCCAAUCGGGGAUUCUGACCGGGGAUCGCGAAUGGCAGGUUCUUAAGGGAAAAGAAGGGCAAAUUUGAAGGGUUUCGAGUUUUAGAGAAAGAAAGUGAUACCUAGAGAGAGAAAGUGACGAACCAGAGUUCCCAAGUGCUUUAGAACGAUCAUCAUCACCAUUGGAGCUCGCCUAACACUUGGAGAAGUGUCGAUUAACGACCAGAAGCAGAAUCCCAUCCUUCACAGCAUGAUUUCUGCAUCUGAGCUAGCUUUUGCUUCUCUCUCCAUGGAGUAACUUCCUCAUUCAUCUGGGUAUGGAGAACUCUAGAUUUGUGUGUUAGGUCUGAUUGUAUGAACCCAAGUAUGAAUCCAUUGGUUUGAUUAUAUUCAAUUGAGGUUUGAAUUGAUGAAUGGCAUGAAUCCUGAUCACAUUCCUGUUGUUCCUGCUUUGACCUAGAAAGAUAAUAUCUGCCUAGGUUGAUAGAGUACCCUUGAUUGAAGGUAGUGAAUUGGCGACUUUAGUCGAGGAUUCAAUUCACUAUUCUGUACUGGCUUUAUUCCAGUAGAGGAGGUUUUGUUCGUUAGGGCCUCAAUCUAUUUACUCCGGUGGAGGUUAGUUGCCCGCUGGGGAUUCAGAUUGAGAGGGUCUGGAGACCUUUAGUCGACACUGCAGACUGUUUAAGAACCUCCCGCAGUAUAACUACCUUUGAAUUCGAACUUGGUAAAUUACAAUCUUGCUUAACUGCAGUCUAGGGGGAACCAUAUCCGGGUGACCUCUCUCAACUUGAAAACAACCGUUUACUGCUUUGCUUGUUUGUUUACUUAGACCUUCACUACAUUCACAUUGCUAAAUAAUAAGAAUUCAUGGAGUAG